AUGCCCCCGAAACGCAAGCGGCCAGCAGCAGCAGCGCCCAACCCCGAGCCCGCCGUCACGCGUCGUGCUACGCGUCAAACGCCCGUCGAGCCCCCUCCGACCUCGGCCAAGGCGCCGCCGCCGCUGCCUGCGACCCCGGCUCUGCCGACGACCCAGACGCCCGUGCCGAUCCCUGCGCCGCUGGCACAACUGAGGCGGAGCCGAGAGGGCGUCGUCGUGGCCCCGCGUGCGGCCCCGGCUCCGGCGGGCGCGAGAAGCAGCCUGGCGCAGAGUGCGCCGCUGGCGUCUAGGAGGCGACUUGCCCCGGCGGUCUCGGCGGCGACGGCGGCCCCGGGUGCCAUGGCUGGCGCGGCUGUCAAGGAGAAUGCCCGGCCAUCUGACCUCGUGGCUCCCGAAAUCACAUACCACGUCCCCCAGCCUCACCAGCCGGGACGCGCGCCCACGUCGCUCGUGAGGCCUCAUGGCCCGUCGGCACCCCCGCCUCCGCCGCGGCUCGACAGUCGACCGCAGACGCUGCCGCCGCCCAUGGUCGUGACGCCCGUACCGCCGCCGAGGCCCCUGAAUCUGCCCACGUCUCAUCACCAUCACCACCACAACCUCCAUCAUAAUCGGAACCCGCCGAGGCCCGACCGCAACAUCGAUAAGGUCGUGUUGGGGAACCUGUGCUUCCGGACCUGGUACCCGAGUCAGUACGGCAAGGAGGUGCUGGGCGACAGCUCCGGCAAUGCAAAGACCACCGGCGGCGGCGGCGGUGGCAAGGACGGUGGCAAGGAGCAGCACGGCGGUAAGCCGUCGUCCAAGAAGGACCAGCCGAUGCUCGAGCGGCUCUACGUGUGUCCCAGCUGCUUCAAGUACGCAAAGGAGCUGGUGGCCUGGCGGGGCCAUGUCCGCCUCUGCGAACGGCGCGCCCACGUGCCGGGCACCAAGAUGUACGUGCACCCGCGGGGCCGGCGCACCGUGCUCGUCGCCCACGACGGCAAGGCGCCGGGCACCAAGCGGAGGCGGGGCGACGGCGGGGUGCGGUACGUCGAGGAGGUGGUCGAGGACGAGGGCGAGUGGAGCAUCUGGGAGGUGGACGGCGAAAAGGACGGGCUGUUUUGCCAGAACCUGUCGCUGUUCGCCAAGCUCUUCCUCGACAACAAGUCCGUCUUCUUCGACGUGACGGGCUUCAAAUACUAUCUGCUCGUGUACACGCCGCCGGCGCCCAAGACGUCGGAGGCGGGGCCCCCGCGGCCGCAGAUCACGGGCUUCUUCUCCAAGGAGAAGAUGUCGUGGGACAACAACAACCUGGCGUGCAUCCUGGUGUUCCCGCCGUGGCAGCGCAAGGGGCUCGGGGGCCUGCUGAUGGGGGCGUCGUACGAGAUGUCGCGGCGCGAGGGCAUCCUGGGCGGGCCCGAGAAGCCCAUCUCGGACCUGGGCAAGAAGGGCUACAAGAGGUUCUGGUCCGGGGCCGUUGCGCGCUGGCUCCUGGGGCUCGAGACGCGCGAGGGCGGCGAGACGAUUGUCGACGUCAACGACGUCAGUCGCGGCACGUGGAUCUCGGCCGACGAUUGCCUCGGCGUGCUGCGCGACAUGGGCGUCGUCAAGGACGCCGGGGUCGGGCCGGGGAAACCCGAGACAGCCGCCGAGGCCGCGGGGCCGGAGAGCGAGACGACGGGUGCGGCGUCGGCGGACGCCGGGGCACCCACCGCUACCACCACCACCACCGCCAGCAUCAGCAUCACCGGCGACGAAGACGCGCUCGGAGGGCAGAGACCGCACGACGCCGGGGCGGCCGGGCAGCUCCGCGCGCGGGUGCGGCUGGACAAGGCGGCGGUGCGGCGGUUCGUGGCGGCGCACGGCAUCAGCCUGGAGCCGACGUGCGAUCCACGGGGGUUUGUGGACGGGCAUGCGCUCGAGCAGGCGGCGCGCGCCGACGAGGGCGGCCGGGUGGCGGACGAGGGCGGCGAGACGUGA